CGGAGCAGACAUGAGCGAAGGCGAGUCGCGCCGGCCAGCAUGGGCCUGAGACAGCCGCGGGUGCAGCACGCCCGCGCCAACCAGCGCGGCUCCGUACCCUCGCUGGCCGACAGCGAGGACGGCAAGCUGGUCGAGUUCAACGGCGGUGUGUUCAAGGUGAAGGGAUGCUGCGGCCUCGACCCCACCACCGGCCGGGGCAAGCAGAUCCACCUGGCGCAGAUGCUCUGCCUGCCCUUCAUCCCCAUCAUGGCGCUCAUUAUCCAGAACGCCGUCAACAUGAUCAGCGUGCUGCAGUACCAGUACGAGAUGCAGGAGACCAUCAGCCAGGUGCAGAUCAGCACGGGACUGGGCAACGUGACGGAGGCGCUGCAGUCGGAGCGCGCCGAGAUCGCCUUCUUCCUCUUCACCAACGGCUCUGUGAUCCGGCGCAACCUCUCCGAACACUUCCAGUACACCAACCAGCUCAUCGACGACCUCAAGUGGCCCAAGUUCCGCAUCGGUGACCAGCUGUUCCAGAACAAGAUCCUGUUCCGGAUCCGUUUGGACGACUUCCGGGACAAGAUCACGCGCUUCGACACGCCCUCCAUUGACGCCGGUAUUCAGUUCUACAACCGCGCCAACUACAUCUUUCUCGAUCAGCUAACCAGGGAGAUAAAAGAGAAGGACGCAUCUGCGUGGCGCUGCCACCGGCCACCGACCACACCAGUCAAGGACAAAUAG